GGUAAUUCAAUAGACGAAGAAGAAAAAGCAGCUAACAGCUGUUAGCUAACYGUUUACGAAGUGAACGACAUCAAGAAGGUGUUUUUGUUACAAAGAAAAGACGUAAUUUCACAAACAUUGAUGGUCUGGAGUCACAGAAUCAUACAUCUGUCUGUAACAAGUGACAGAAGCGAUGAACUUCCAGAGCAGUCGGAGGAGAGGGGAAGAUGGCGUGGCCGUGGUGAUCGACUUCCUGCUGUCUAACGCUCGGCUGGUUCUGGGAGUUGGAGGAGCUGCYCUGCUGGGCAUCGCCACGUUGGCGGUGAAACGGCUCAUAGAGCGAGCCGGCCGUGCAGCAGAAGAUGAAAAGGUGGAACAGAAGAUGGCAGAGAGCUGGGAAGAGCUGAGUUUAGUUUCUUCUUCUCCGACACUCCUCAGGAAGGGCUUGGAGGGUGUGGUUAUGAAGCAUGUCACCAAGGCAAACAGACAGCAGAAAGACGACCUCUGCCAAAAAGCASAGCCGUCCUCUCCUGAGGUGCAGCCUCAACCUGAGUCCAAGACCAAGAGACAGCGGCUGUGUGUGCUUACUUUGCAGGAGCGUCUGGAGCAGUAUUAUCGCACCAGGGUGGCCCUUGCUCCAAGUGAGGUCCAGCGGGCUCAGGCUCUGGCUCURGACAUCUGCACAGAGAUCCAGGGCUUUCUUCACAGCAGUCACCCCGACAUGCCUCUGGGAGAAAUGAGCCUUGGAGGUUCUCUGMUGGACGACUUGCAGGUGGUGAGUGCAGACCAUGUGUCUCUGCUGGUGCCUCUGCAGCUGGACCCUUCUUUGUGGCGCCCCAUCCCCGGGGAGGAAACGCUGCUCACACACCCUCUGCACUGGAUGGUCCGACGGGUCAAUCUGGAGUACUUCCCCCGAGGACGCAGUUACUGGGACAGGUAUCUGGUGGGCGGUUACCUGUCAGCAGAAGCUGUAGUGAACAUGUUCACUAAGGCAGUGAUGGAAACGGUGAACUGGCUGUCUAUCAGCAGCACUUUGGACUGCCUCGUCAGACCUGUGCUGGGAGGUCCGGACCUGAAGAUAGAGAUCAGGCCCGAUUGUGAAAAAGAAGGAAUGGAGUGCAGCGACCAGCCGCUCUUCGUCUCCAUGUUGCCCAUUCUGAGCGAGGGAGACGUGGUUCUGACCGCUCAGCCUGAGCUCACCUCUCCCUGGGUGAACGCCUGGCACCUCUCCCUCUACCCCUGGGAGACGCAGCGUUUGGCCCAGUUGGACGCCGCUGACGGCGGCUGCCGCAGACACGCACUCAAAGUCCUCAAGGCGGUGUGCCGACUAAGCCCCGCUCUGCGACCGCUAAAGGCCGCCCCGUUGGCCAAUCUCAUCCUGCACCUCAGCGACGGUGAGCGCGACUGGUCCGAGAGCAGCCUGGACGUCAGAUUCCAUCAAUGCAUCACUGAGCUGAUCGGCCACCUCGAACAAGGCGCCUUACACAGUUACUUUAAACCUGCUGUCAAUCUGCUGAGCGGCUUGUCGGAGGAUCAGGUGGACCAGGUGGGCUUCAUGCUCUACUGUGCUGUGUCAGAGCCUGAAAUACUGUUCAUCUAGGUCUGUGCAGCACGUCACGUUACCCUGACGCGAAGAAGAGAGGGACAGAGAUGGAAGACAAAUCCAACAAGUUGUAAUAGAUGUGCCAAGAAAAAGAAGACGUUUUUGAGUGUUUCAGGAUGCCUCUGUUCUGCUGGUUCUGCGUUUUAUUUUGAGUUCUUGUCUUUUGUUUGUUAAUGGUCCUCAUUCCUUUUCCCACCUAAUUAUCUGUCAGUGUGCCAUCUGUGUUUUCAACAUACUGUUCAUUUUGUUCAAUUUUGAACCUAUGCACAACAGCAGAGACAAACUGCUGAGAAGCACCUCAAAYUGCUGCUCUUACUGUAUCGAAUGACUCUGAUUCUAACUUAUUUAAUUUAUUAUACAGAGAGCUUAGAUCUCUGUUUAAUCCUCUCAGUCCUGCGAUUAGUUAUUAUAAAUAAUGUGGGCAUGUUUCAGGUGCGUUUUUGUGUGGCUGUAAGACAUUUUUUGUGUGCGAGUGAAUGAACAGAACUACCAAUAAAAAAAUCAAGUGCUUUUUUUAUGCUCUAAUGUAAUAAAUGGGUGUUGGUUUCAGUUAACCAGAAGAAACUAGAUGGCUCAAAUUAAAUAACUUUAAUUUUACUAAGAAAAAA